CAAGAUAUACCCAAAAACAAAUUUCCUCCACUCAAUGCAUACCCCUAUCUCCUAAGCAAAAGCCAAGGAAUCUCUUACCUUAACCUCCAUCCAUUUUUAUAAACUAGUUGGUCUCAUCUCUCUCUCUCUCUCUUGGUACUAAAUUCUACUUUUUGCAUUUUCUUGAAAAAUGGCACAAAUCUUGGCUCCUUCAGCACAAUGGCAGAUGAGAACUGCCAAGAACUCAACUGAUGUUACUCCAUUGUCUUCAAAAAUGUGGAGCUCUCUUGUUCUCAAAAAGAACAAGAAAGCUUCCAUCAAAACCUCUGCUAAAUUCAGAGUUUUUGCUUCUAGCUCCGAGAGCGGCACCAUUAACCGUGUGGAGCAGUUACUGAACUUGGAUGUCACUCCAUACACUGAUAAGAUAAUUGCUGAAUACAUUUGGAUUGGAGGGUCAGGAAUCGAUGUUCGUAGCAAAUCAAGGACCUUAUCGAAGCCCGUUGAGCAUCCAUCCGAGCUUCCUAAAUGGAACUACGAUGGAUCGAGUACAGGCCAGGCCCCUGGAGAGGAUAGUGAAGUUAUUCUAUACCCUCAAGCCAUUUUCAAGGACCCUUUCCGCGGUGGAAAUAACAUUUUGGUCAUAUGCGAUACUUACACGCCCCAAGGUGAGCCCAUUCCUACAAACAAGCGCGCCAAAGCUGCUGAGGUCUUCAGUAACCCCAAGGUUAUAGCUGAGGUUCCAUGGUUUGGAAUUGAGCAAGAAUACACCUUACUCCAAACUAAUGUGAACUGGCCUCUUGGAUGGCCUGUUGGAGGCUACCCUGGUCCUCAGGGGCCUUACUACUGCGCCGCUGGAGCAGAUAAGUCGUUCGGACGCGACAUAUCCGAUGCUCAUUACAAAGCUUGCUUGUAUGCUGGAAUCAACAUCAGUGGUACUAAUGGGGAGGUUAUGCCAGGACAGUGGGAAUUUCAAGUUGGUCCGAGUGUUGGGAUUGAAGCCGGGGAUCACAUCUGGUGUGCGAGAUACCUGCUUGAGAGAAUUACAGAACAAGCUGGAGUUGUGCUCACUCUAGAUCCAAAACCAAUUGAAGGCGACUGGAAUGGAGCAGGAUGUCACACCAAUUACAGCACCCUGAGCAUGAGAGAGGAAGGUGGUUUCGAAGUGAUCAAGAAGGCGAUUUUGAACCUCUCCCUUCGCCACAAGGAUCACAUCAGUGCAUACGGAGAAGGGAACGAGCGAAGGCUGACAGGAAAGCACGAGACUGCCAGCAUCGACUCCUUCUCAUGGGGUGUUGCUAACCGUGGCUGCUCUAUUCGUGUGGGACGAGACACUGAGAAGAAUGGCAAAGGUUAUUUGGAAGACAGACGCCCAGCCUCAAACAUGGACCCGUACGUGGUGACUGCGCUUCUUGCUGAGACUACCCUGUUGUGGGAGCCGACCCUUGAGGCCGAAGCUCUUGCAGCGCAGAAACUGUCGUUGAAGGUGUGAACGAACGCGUAAGACGGCCUUACACAAGACAUCAUCAUCUGGAUGAGGUUGGGAUGCAAAAAAUCUUGUUGUCUUUUAUGUUUAGAUCCCUUUUAUGAGAGAGGUUCUUGUAAAUAAAGGGACUAGAAGAGUUCCUACCAUUCUUGAAUGUUGUUGGCCAGUUUCAGACCUAUUUCUGCUUUCAUUAUGCAUUUUCUGUCAUGAAACUAAAAUUCAGACAUUGCUUUGGUAAGAAGAUUCUCCUCA